AGAAAAAUUAGGCGAGAGGGAAGUUGACAGACUGUAUGAAUGAGGGCUUGGCAUGAUGAAUUGUGCGGACCAAGCUGGGCCUCAGAGUGAUUUGAUCUCUUCAACUGUUCCGACUUCUUUUGGUCUGGUUUUUCUUGUUCUGGUUUGUUGUGUUCUGGUUUCUCCUUUCCUGGUUUCUUCUGUUCUGGUUUCUUCUGUUCCGGUUUCUUAGACUGUUUCGACUCCUCAAUGUGCUUUGAAAUUUUAGGCUGUUCUGGUAUCUUAGGUUGCUCGAGGGUUUUAGAUUGCCCCGGUUUCUUGGAUGGUUGCAAUUUCUUAGGUUGCCCAGGUGUUUUGGACUGCGCCUGUUCCAUACGUUGUUUUGGUUUCUUGGGUUGUUCUACUUUCUUAGGCUGCUCCGAUUCCUUGACCUGCGCCGGUUUGUUCGGCUGUUCCGAUUUUUUCUUUGGAGCCAUAUUACUCAGCUAUGAAAAUGACUGACAAGAUCUCAAUGGUUCUAGAGGUGGAUAGAGAGAAUCUUAGCUUGUAUCUCAUUUUAUACAAAUUGAUCG